AACACUUGUCUUGAUCACCACCAAGAAGUGUAAAGAAAACAACUCAUAUUAACAAGACAAAAUGACAACAACUAGAAUGAGAACUCCAUUGAAAUCCAUUCUACCCGGUCUAAGGACAAGUAUAUUUCUUGGUCCGAUGGCAAACGCGGCAGGUGGGACAUUGGCCGGUAAGGUAUCAAAAGCAGGUGGAUUAGGUUUCAUUGGAGCAGGUUAUUAUACAGCAGAAAAGAUGAAAGAUGAAUUAAACAAAGCACUUGCCAUUCUCGGUGUACAACAACAAGAUUCCUCACAACAAAAACACCCAAGAGUUCAUCUAGGUAUCGGAUUCUUGACUUGGCGUUUGACUGUGUUGAAUAACGGAAAGAAACCUUCGUCGAAAGAAGCAGAAGAUGAUAAUAGUCCCGCUAUUCAAUUGAUCGAUGCAGCUUUACGCAUAAACCCAAUUGCCAUCUGGCUAAGCUUUGGAGAUGAAGAAGAAAUGAUCGGUUGGAGUUCGGUAGUGCGAAAACGUGAUGCGCUCUUAAAUGGUGAUCAUGGACCUGAAAAUCAAGUCAAGCUAUUCAUCGGUAUCGGUAAUGAGAAACAAGCAAGAAGUGGCGUUGAAGAUUGCGGAGCAGACGUGCUAAUCAUUCAAGGAAACGAAGCAGGGGGACAUGGUUUAGGAAGUUCACCUCCUCUUUCUGCCAUCGUGCCACUUCUAGCCAACAAAUUGGAUUCUGGUACGUACAAAAUCACCAAUCCUUCCCAAAGUGUUCCACCACUCCUGGGUGCAGGUGGUAUUAUGACAGGUGCAAAUAUGGCGGGUGUUUUAGCAAUGGGCGCAGAUGGUGUCGUCGUUGGAACAAGAAUGCUAAUGACACCGGAAGCAGCUUAUAGUGAUGCGCAAAAGAAGAUGCUCAUUGAAGCCGGUCCUACUUCAACAUUGCGAACGAUGGCUUUUGAUGAAGCACGCAAUACGCUUGGUUGGCCAGAAGGUGUUGAUGGUCGAGGAUUGGUGAACGAUACAGUCAACGAUUAUAUGAGCAACAAGGGCGGCGAUGGAGAUGCAAGAAGAGCGGUGUAUAAAGAAGCCGAAAAGUCUGGAGAUACGAGUAGAAUUGUCACAUGGGCUGGAACGGGUGUUGGCUUGGUACAUGAAAUCAAAGAUGCUGACGAGAUUGUGGCUGAGAUGACAAGAGAUUGUCGCAAGUCGAUAGAACAUCUGGCUGAAGGCUUGAAACAGUUCCAAUGAUGAGCUCAUAUCUGUAUCGUACUCCCUUUUUCUCAUGAAUAUCAUUCUGGAAUGCGUAGAAAUACAGUGGCUGGUUGAAACAUCGAAUGAGAUUACCUCAGGCAUUCUCUUGUGGUGGUAAUCCUCCUUGUUUCCUGCUUGCAAUCCAUUGCUUCUUACAUUCCCGGCUGUGGUUGAUAGGAGGGUAGAGAGUUCCAUUAGCUUUUGGUGGAUCCACGAUCCUUCUUGUCACAC